AUGAGCGCUCUCAAGCAGAUCUCAGACCAGGAGAAGCCUGUUCUGACCGACUGGGAUGAAGAAAGUUUCUCCCGUGCAUUUGGUAUCUUCCGGCCUAUCAUCCAGGGAACGGUAGACGUGGACAAGUCUCUCACACAGGCAGAGAUUGCGCAAACUGUUGAAUGCUGCGUCCAGGCAUUCGGAACUGCCAGUCCCGAGGAGCAGGAUACAGUGAUGCACAAGCUGGCGGCCAUCAACAAUCUGACGCGCAGUCCUGAAGGCGCACGCCAGCAGCUGGGUGCCAACUUGUCUGCAGAUGAACGACGAAUUUUGACUACGAUCCAGGCACGGCAGAUUAUUCGGACUGAGGAUACGAUGAAUAUCGAUAACCUCACCCUCGAUGUAAUUGACGGAAUGGUCCCGAAUCUGCAGCGUGGGUCGCUGGGGUUGACACGAUAUGUCCCCACGGCCCACGCGAGCCAUAGGGAUGACGUGCGGACGACACUGGGAUUGCCCGAUAAGCAAAUUUCUAUCUUUUCUUUAUUAGGAUCUGUACUUGAAAACUGCUGA